CACUCCAGCAACAUGAAGAAAAAGGUUCUUCUCAUGGGCAAAAGUGGCUCUGGCAAAACCAGUAUGCGCUCGAUUAUAUUUGCCAAUUACAUUGCCAGGGAUACACGGAGACUGGGAGCAACAAUUGACGUAGAGCACUCUCAUGUCCGUUUCCUUGGCAACUUAGUGUUAAAUUUAUGGGAUUGUGGUGGGCAGGAGGCGUUUAUGGAGAAUUAUUUUGCUAGUCAGCGAGACAACAUUUUCCGCAAUGUUGAGGUGCUCAUUUAUGUUUUUGAUGUGGAGAGUAGAGAACUGGAGAAGGACAUGCACUACUAUCAGUCGUGCUUGGAGGCCAUUUUACAGAACUCCCCAGAUGCCAAGAUCUUUUGUCUGGUGCACAAGAUGGAUUUGGUCCAGGAUGACCAGAGGCAACUGAUAUUUCGUCAAAGGGAAGAAGACCUGAAGAGACUGUCCAAACCUUUAGACUGCACAUGUUUCGCCACUUCAAUCUGGGAUGAGACACUGUACAAGGCAUGGUCAUCCAUUGUGUACCAGUUAAUACCUAAUGUACAACAACUUGAGAGUAACUUGGCCAAUUUCUCCGAGGUUAUUGAUGCUGAUGAAGUCCUACUGUUUGAGCGGGCAACAUUUCUGGUAAUCUCACAUUGCCAGAGGAAGCCACACAGAGACGUGCACAGAUUUGAGAAGAUAAGUAACAUCAUCAAACAGUUCAAAUUGAGUUGCAGCAAACUGGCUGCCUCCUUUCAGAGCAUGGAGGUCCGCAACACAUCCUUCGCUUCGUUCAUCGAUAUCUUCACUUCCAACACUUACGUUAUGGUGAUCAUGUCAGAUCCUAGUAUUCCUUCAGCCGCCACUCUAAUAAACAUCAAGAAUGCGCGGAAACAUUUUGAAAAAUUGGAACGUGUAGACCCCACUCAUCCUUCAAUGGCUGCUAGAUAGGUCUGAAUCCUGCCAUCUCAGACAUUGUUGAAGUUUGCAAAAUUUGCAAAGAUGUGAUUCUGUCACCCUGGACACCCAUCACAAGAGGAUAUUGGGCAAAUGGUUAGGGAAAGCAAUUGGGCAAUAGUGAAAUCAGGUGUUGGUCAAAAGAUCUAGAGUGGUUUUUGAAGGAUUCUAACAUUGCUUUCUGUAUAUAUUAAUGUGUUUAGUUAGUACUGAGUGAGUACUGGCAUUUGCAGACAUUUUGGGAGAACUGACAGAAUUUGUGAGCACAGAAGGCUUUAUCCACAAAUCAUUUUUUCCUGAGAAAUGGAAAUACAGGACUUUGUGUAUAUUAUGUAUAUAGAUUGUAUCAGUGAUUUGUGGAAAAUGUGAAAAUAUUUUCUACUUACCCAAUAAAGUCAUCUUGGACCUGCAACAUGUUUGCCCUGAAUUAUGGAAGCCCUUAUCGACCAUCAUGUUUUGAAGGAUGUACUCCUACUGCUGGCAGU